AUGGCUCCUCUAAUGGACCAGCGCGGCAACGUACGCUACUAUGUUGGCGCUCAGAUCGAUAUCACUCGCCUCCUCGAAGGUGGAAAGGGCUUGGAGUCGUUCAAGCAACUUCUUGACCAAGAGAAGGAAGCCGCCAAUAUGGCAGAUUUUACAGAGAACAAGCCAUCUUUGAGAAUGCUACGCGAGCUUGGAGGCCUACUGAAUGAAGAGGAAGCAGACGUUGUUAGGCAGCGCAACGUCCGCGUCCGUCGAGGCUCCACGAGCUCGAGCGCUAGCACAUCGACACGAACCGCGGCAAGUACAGGCAGGCGCUUUAUCGGCAUGGAAGAGACCUCGGACGACAAUCUGUGGCCAGCAAGGAGAUAUGGACCGGAAGGGAGGUUACCGGGCGUCUAUCAGAACUAUCUCCUCGUGCGGCCUUACCCCUCCCUACGCAUUCUCUUCACCUCCCCCACCUUACGGAUACCCGGCCUCUCCCAAUCCAGGCUCAUGGACCGCAUCGGAGGACCGCAAUACGUCCGAGAAGGUCUGAUGGAAGCCCUCGCCCAAGGCUCCAGUGUCACCGCAAAAGUAUCGUGGCUAACCCAGAACCUUCGCUCUCAUUCCGCGGACACCACCACAUCCACCCCAGACCCUCAAGCCUACCUCGAAAGCCGCCCUCGCUGGAUUCACUGCACACCAUUACUCGGUUCAGACUCGAAACCUGGCGUCUACAUGAUCGUCAUGGUCGACAAAGAAGAAAUCACCGGCACCCUCAAUGCCCGCCAGAACGCCGUACCCCCGGUGGUCCGCAGCCGCGACCUCACGCGUGAAGCAGGGCUAUACCGCGAGGCCAGCACCGGGACCAGCGCGGCGCGCUUCACUAGCACGAAGCUCUACGCGGACUACCUCAGAAGAGAAGGGACAGUCAGCGAGAACAGCAGCUAUACACGAAGGGGAACACCAAACGCUAAUAGAGCGUCGUUGGAGGAAGACGUCAGACUAGGGAAAGUCAAUUCUGGGCUGGCGAGGAUGGGCCUGAGUGAUGAGGGGAGGCCGGGAAGCUCGGCAGCUAGCAGAUCACAGAGUCGCGCUAGGAACGAUGCUGAGCAGCCAGAGCUUCGCCAUGCGCACAACUUCCCGAUGGGCGUGGGACCGCCGACGCCGUAUCGGAAGCGGAGUCCGGCUACGGAGCUGGACAUUUGA